AUGACAUUCUAUGUUCAGACCUGGGAUGAGUACUACACCCAAGUGCUUACUCUUGGAAUUAUCUCUGGUCCCGUGGAAGGUGUUCUGACGCUUUGUCUCGUCUUCGGCCUCACGGCUUACAUGGGAGGCGGUAGCUUCUGGCAUCAGUCAAUGCUGGAGACCGUUGGUGUUCCCAAGUUGGAUGCCAUCCCGGAGCAGCUGUAUGACAUGCCUUUUACGCAGUGGUAUCUGGUCUACGGCGCGAUUGUACUCUUCUUCGCCACUGGAUCGAGUAUUGUGCAUGUCAUGCAAAUUCGGAGAGAGCGUGGGCAGGACCCCAUUGCACCGCUCUUUGGUCUUCUGCCCCUUGUUGCGGUGUGGGUGUUCGUGCCGGCCUAUCUCUAUCUGCAACCAACUAUCUUGGAGAACUACAUGGUCCCAUUUGCCCUUUACGUGGGUCUGGUCAACGCAUACGCGGUGGGCACGAUGAUCACUGCACACCUGGUCAAGUCCAGUUUCCCUUACUUCAACGUGCUUCUUUGCCCCCUUGCACUUGCUGUUCUUGACAGCGCUGGCCCCGUAUUUGGUCUGUGGCCCAGCGCACUGGGCGGCGGAGACGGUCAGGUUGCCUUCGUUUACGUGUGUCUCGGUCUGGCGAUUGGUGUUUAUGGAAGCUUCAUCCACGACAUUAUCACCACGAUAUGUGACUACAUCGACAUCUGGUGCCUCACUAUCAAGCACCCCUAUGUUGAGAAGCAAACCGCGAAUGGUGAAGUGGAUGCAGUUGAGAAGAAGAUGAGCUGA